AGGGGCAUAGAAAAAAAAACCAAGCAGCACCAAAUUCACGGCGGUAACGUGUUGGUUGAGCAGGGUCUCAAAGAUCCUUAUCUAUUAUUGAGAAGGCUCACAUGAAUAAUCGUUAACUCCGCCCGUUUUUAAUCGCUAACGUUACGUCCGAGCGGUGCGGCUUAUUAGCUAAAACAAAGCGGACCCUCAGAACAGUUCUAGCUAGUCUUCGCUUCAGUUACCGGUUAUAUUCCGUUUGACGAGGACACUUUUUGGAAGCAAAUGUUACUGUAAAUCUACACAGACAUCACAAAGGUAUCGGCUUAAGAUGGACCUGAGGUUACUUUUAAUAGCAGCAUUAUCAGCAGCCCUCAGUGGCAGCUGGGCACAGCAAGAUGGAAGCAUAUGCAUCAAGGCAAACGCGCAGUCAUGUGGGGAAUGCAUCCAGGUCUCUGAGAUCUGUGGAUGGUGCACAGAUGAAACGUUCCUCUCAGAGGGCGAGUCCAAAUCAGCCCGCUGUGAUGAUGUGACCUACCUGAAGAAGAAAAACUGCAGAAAUAUUGAGGACCCCCGCGGCAGCACUGAAAUUACCCAGAACAAAGAUGUCACCGUUCGCAACAAGGAUGGGAACGUAAAACUCAAGCCUGAGGAGAUCACACAGAUACAGCCUCAGAAACUCAAAGUGACGCUCAGAUCUGGUGAGCCACAGACUUUUGACCUGAAAUUCAAGCGUGCUGAGGAUUACCCCAUCGACUUGUAUUAUCUUAUGGACCUCUCGUUCUCCAUGAAAGAUGAUUUGGAAAAUGUGAAGAACCUUGGCACUGACCUCAUGAGGGAAAUGCGGGAGAUCACGUCAGACUUCAGGAUAGGUUUUGGCUCCUUUGUGGAGAAAACGGUCAUGCCUUACAUCAGCACCACACCCGCCAGGCUAAUCAACCCCUGUUCCAACAACGAGAACUGUACGAGCCCCUUCAGCUACAAGAACGUCCUGAAGCUCACCAGCAACGGAGACAGGUUUAACCAGCUGGUCAGUCAGCAGCAGAUCUCAGGAAACCUGGACUCUCCAGAGGGGGGGUUUGAUGCCAUCAUGCAGGUGGCAGUCUGUGAGGAGCAAAUUGGCUGGAGGAACGUGACUCGUCUGCUGGUGUUUUCCACUGAUGCUGGUUUCCACUUCGCUGGAGACGGCAAGCUGGGCGGCAUUGUCCUCCCCAACGAUGGGAAGUGUCACCUGGAAAACAACGUGUACAGUAUGAGCCACUACUACGAUUAUCCCUCUAUUGCUCACCUGGUCCAGAAGUUGAGUGAUCACAACAUUCAGACCAUCUUUGCUGUAACUGAGGAAUUUCAGCCUGUUUACCAGGAGUUGAAAAAUCUUAUUCCCAAAUCAGCUGUUGGCACACUUUCCUCCAACUCCAGUAAUGUCAUCAAACUCAUCAUUGAUGCCUACAAUUCUUUGUCAUCUGAGGUGAUUCUGGAGAACAGCAAGCUGCCCGAGGGCGUUUCUAUCUCGUACAAAGCCUUCUGUAAAAACGGUGUGCGAGGAACAGAGGACAACGGCAGGAAGUGCACUAACAUCUCCAUUGGCGACGAGGUGUCUUUUAAGAUUUCUAUUGAAUCUCAGAAGUGUCCUUCAGGUGGCAAGCCUGAGGUCAUUACAGUGAAACCACUGGGCUUCAAUGAGGAGGUGGCGAUAGAGCUCAAUUUCAUCUGUGACUGUGAAUGUGCCAAAAAGGGAGAGCCCAACAGUCCGAAGUGCCACGGGGGAAACGGGAUUUUUGAAUGUGGAGCCUGCAAAUGUAACGAAGGACGUAUUGGGCGUGAAUGUGAGUGCAGCAAAGACGAAGUCCGGUCAGACGACCUGGAUGCUAACUGCAGAAAACCCAACAGUACAGAUAUCUGUAGCAACAAUGGCGAGUGCCUCUGUGGCACCUGCGAAUGUAAGAAGCGGGAGAAUCCUGCAGAAGUCUACAGUGGCAAGUACUGUGAGUGCGACAACUUUAACUGCGACCGCUCCGGCAACUUGCUCUGCGGAGGACAUGGACGCUGCGAAUGCAGGAAGUGCAUCUGUGACGCUAACUACACAGGCAAUGCCUGUGAAUGUUCCCUGGAUGAAUCCACCUGCCUUGCCAAGAACGGGCAGCUCUGUAAUGGCCGCGGUAAAUGUGAGUGUGGGAUCUGCAAAUGCGAAGACCCUAAAUUCCAGGGUCCGACAUGUGAGGUCUGUCCGACCUGCCCCGGUGUCUGCACUGAGCACAAAGAUUGUGUGCAGUGCAGAGCAUUUGGGGAUGGCGAGAAGAAGGAGAUGUGCCAAAAGGAGUGCAGCUACUUCAACCUAAUAAAGGUGAAGGACCGAAAAGAUCUACCUCAGCCCACAGACCAGAGCUUCCCCCUGACCCACUGCAAAGAGAAGGAUGCCAACGACUGCUGGUUCUACUACACCUACGCCAUCACCAAGAAUUCCACCAAGGAAGUGUUUGUGGUAGAGAAACUGGACUGCCCGUCAGGACCUGACAUCAUCCCCAUCGUGGCAGGUGUGGUAGCGGGCAUUGUGCUCAUCGGCCUCGCACUGCUGCUCAUCUGGAAACUGCUCAUGAUCAUCCACGACCGCCGAGAGUUCGCCAAGUUUGAGAAGGAGAAGAUGAACGCCAAAUGGGACACGGGUGAGAAUCCGAUCUACAAAAGUGCCGUAACAACUGUCAUCAAUCCAAAGUACGAGGGCAAAUGAUGGAGCUUUGCCUACUUCGUGACAACACUGUAUGGAAAAGAAAAUGGGAGGGGCGGGUUUUAUAAUGCUCACUGUUUUUGUUUGUCUGUUUGUUGUUGUAGCCACCAAAUAAUAGCAUUGCAUUUUGCGGCUCUGUUCUUUUAACUUUUGAUCUUCUAUGCAUCAUCUGUAAUUUGUACAGUAUGUAUAAACGUGUGGUUUUUACGUUUUGGUUUUGUUGAGAGAAUUUUUUUUUUUUUUUUUUUUUUUGUUAAAUAGAAGCCAUCAGUGUUUCGAUGAGCGGUUGAAAUGAAUGUUGAUAAUGGACAGUAAAGGAAGGGUUUCUUUCCAAAUUAUCGUGCAUGCAUACAGUGCAGAGUAGGAGGCAAUCAGUGUUUCAGAAACAGGCAUACAAAAGUUUUACUGUGUCUUUAAUCAUUUUCAAUGAGUGGGCGUCUCUUUGGAUCGAGCCCUUCAGAUGUAGUGCCGGGUUUGGCAGCAGCGGGGUGUGUACAGGAAGUGGUUUUUUUUGUUUAGGGUUUUUUUUUCUUUUCCUUUUGUUUUCCUGUGUUCUGUGUAAAGCCAUACAUGUAUUCACAGAACAGAGCUGGAGGUGAUGGUAUGUUUGUUUUCAAAGUGACAUAAUCCAUCUGAACAAUCAGUUUUAUUAAAUGUGUCUUUGUGGAGAAAGAUUUUCUUGGGUUGCCUUACCUGAUGAAGGGCAGCGGUGUACAGUAGUCUUACUGUUCAGCUCCAGGUUUUACUUGCUUAAUUUAAAGCCAACUCAGGUCCUUUUAUUCUUCUCAGCAAUGCCAAAUACACACAAUUCUGCCUUAUUUGCUGACUAAAUUUGCUUAUAUUGUUUUUAUUUGUACAGUGUGAAUGGGGGGCAAGUGUCCUGUUUUACAUCUGAGUUACUACACCUAACUCUUUCAGAGGUGCCUCGAUCAAACGUGCUUAAUUAAAAAGAAAUGGGGAUGAUGAAAAAAAAAGAGGAUUGAUAAGAGAACAUUUGGAAGGCUACGCCUGUCAUCGAUGUUUAAGUGCCUUUUUUGAUUUCUCCAUCACAUUCACAAUUGCGAUUCUGUUUUCUGGAAUUAUUUAUUGAAUAAACCCCUAAAAAAAUGUA